CCCCGGCGGUCGCAGCAGGCAUGGGCUGUUUCUGCGCAGUUCCGGAGGAAUUUUACUGCGAAGUUUUGCUCCUGGACGAGUCGAAGCUGACCCUGACCACCCAGCAACAGGGUAUCAAGAAGUCAACGAAAGGGUCGGUUGUCCUGGGCUAUGUAUUUCGUCACUUAAACCUAGUAGAGAUAGAUUACUUUGGACUGCGCUACUGUGACCGAAGUCAUCAAACGUACUGGCUGGACCCUGCAAAGACCCUUGCUGAACAUAAAGAAUUGAUAAACACUGGACCACCAUACACUCUGUAUUUUGGCAUCAAAUUCUAUGCAGAGGAUCCAUGUAAACUUAAGGAAGAAAUCACAAGGUAUCAGUUUUUCUUGCAGGUCAAACAAGAUGUCUUACAGGGUCGUUUGCCUUGUCCAAUCAACACGGCAGCACAACUGGGGGCAUAUAUAAUUCAGUCUGAACUGGGAGACUAUGACCCAUAUAAGCACACUGCAGGAUAUGUCUCAGAGUACCGUUUUGUUCCAGACCAGAAGGAAGAGCUGGAGGAUGCCAUAGAGCGGAUACACAAAACUUUAGUGGGUCAAGUUCCUGCUGAGGCAGAAGUGAACUACUUAGGAGUGGCCAAAUCCCUAGAAAUGUAUGGAGUGGAUCUUCAUCCUGUUUACGGUGAAAACAAAUCUGAAUAUUUUUUAGGAUUAACACCCAUAGGAGUUGUUGUCUACAAGAAUAAAAAGCAAGUAGGAAAAUAUUUCUGGCCUAGAAUUACUAAAGUUCACUUCAAGGAAACACAGUUUGAACUUAGAGUCCUGGGAAAAGAUUGCAAUGAAACUUCCUUCUUUUUUGAAGCACGUAACAAGAUCACAUGCAAAUAUCUCUGGAAAUGCUGUGUAGAGCAUCAUACAUUUUUCAGAAUGCCAGAGAAUGAAUCUAGCUCUCUGUCAAGAAAAUUCAGCAAGUUUGGAUCCACAGGUUAUAAACAUCGAUACAGUGGCAGGACAUCUCUGCAAAUGGCCAGAGAUCCUUCUGUACAGCUCCCCCGGCCUGACCAGUGCAUAGAAAGAAGUCGCAGCAAGACUUAUCCCAAAAGAACACAACAGACAGGAUCUAAGAACAUGUUCCAGAUUACAGCAAAUGGUGAAAAUGAAGGAACUACCAAAAUUAUUUCGCCCUCCCCUGUAAAAAGCUUUAAAGAGAUGAAAAAUGAAAACAGUCCAGAAACCCAAAGAAAUAAAACAAGUGCUCCAUGGGAGGAAAAUGGCCCACAGAGUGGGCUGUACAAUUCUCCCAGUGACCGCAAUAAGUCACCAAAAUUUCCUUACUCUCGGCGACGAAACCCAUCAGGUGGCAGUGAGAAUGAGUCUGGACAGCCAGUCCGGCGAAGAUCAAGGUCUCGCUGUAACACCAGCAGUGGCAGUGAAUCAGAAAAUUCCAACAGGGAGCAUCGAAAGAAGAGAAACAGAUUACGGCAAGAGAAUGACAUGGUUGACUCAGCUCCUCAGUGGGAAGCUGUACUAAGGCGACAAAAGGAGAAAAACCAGGCCGAUCCAAACUACCGUCGAUCGAGGCACAGAUCUCGAUCGAGAAGCCCAGAUGUACAAGCUAAAGAAGAAUUGUGGAAACAUAUCCAGAAGGAGCUUGUGGACCCAUCCGGCCUGUCUGAGGAGCAAUUGAAAGAAAUUCCAUACACUAAAAUAGAGACUCAAGGUGACCCAAUCCGCAUUAGACAUUCACAUUCCCCUCGAAGCUACCGUCAGUAUCGUCGGUCCCAGUGUUCUGAUGGUGAAAGAUCUGUCCUGUCUGAAGUGAAUGUAAAAACUGAUCUGGUGCCUCCACUGCCUGUUACACGAUCUUCAGAUGCAAAAGGUCCCAGCAUCCAGUUGACUCAACAGAGACAGACUGGAUCUAAAGACAGCCUAAUAGAAGAAACAUCUCAGCUAUCCACUGACAUCAAUGGAAAACCUAGGAUCAUAAAAACUGUACAGAUGUCAAGCUUUAAGUUGGAGACCUGACUUCCAUAACUGAAGAUGAUGAAUCGAUUUUUUCCUUUGAGAACUGAGAUUCUCUCUGUGUGUGUAAGCAAAACAAAUGAAGUUGAUACAGUGAUUUUUUCAAGACCCUCAGAAGUGCAGCCUGCUUGCUGGAAAGACCAAGUAAUGCUUUUAUCUCUGACACU